AUGACAGUGGACUCCGCCGCUUUGCUGACACCUGCCAGUGUCGCUCGCAAGCACAGCCAGAGUAGUGAGGAUUGUCUGAACGCGGGGCAAAUUGGACGUUAUGGAGAUGCACACGUGGGGAGCACCGAUGUGUCGAGAUGCAUCCUCAACGUCUUGCUGGCUGUUCUCGGCGCAGGGCAGCUGACACUGCCCUAUGCUGUUCACAAGUUGGGCGGUCUUUGGCAUGGUGCUAUCUCGUUGGUGGUGUUCACCUUGCUUUCAAUGCACUCCUUGAAAACUCUCUCCUACUACGAGCUGCACUUCGCUCCACAAGGCUGCCUAGAGUCCUACUCUCAACUCGUGAUCCGGGUCUUGGGUGGGUCCGGUUCCCGCCUUUGCCAGUUUCUGCUUGUAUUCUAUGCCUGGGGUGGCGCGGUGGCAUUCUUGGUGAUCUUGAAGGCAGAAUUCGUCGCCUUCUUUCCUUCCUAUGGAAGAGCAGUUCUAUGCGGCAUCGCCUGCUUUCUAUGGCGCUUGAGUUCGUGUGAAGAUCUGACAUUUCUGAAGAAGUUCUCCUGGCUUGGAUGUGUUGUUGCCGUCCUGAUCACCAUCGUCACGGUCUUUGUGUCUCCACCUGACUUGACGGAGCAAGGCUUGCAGCUCUGCAGCUCGUCUCAUGAGCCCAGUCUUCUUGAUGUAGCGGCAGCACUUCCGCUUAUCUCUUUCUCGCUGAAUUCAAGUUGGGCCUACAUCCCCGUGUUGUGCACAUUGUCAGACAAAAGCCGCACAACAAGCCUUAUCAUCUGGAGCAACCUCCUGAUCCUCCUGAACUAUAUGACGCUGGCGGCCAGUGGCUAUUGCAGGUUCGGUAAGGAUGUCAAGCCGAACAUCAUGGACUCCUUGGGCCAGGACUACGCCGACUCCUGGAUGGUUCGCGGCGCCAAGGUUGCUUUGUGUCUACAACUCACCCUGGCGCUGCCCCUUCGAUUUUUCGUGGCUCGGAAGACCAUUCAAGAUGCACGCCCUUCUCUUGCAGGCUCCAACUCAAGUCUGGCAUUGGUCUUGGUCUUCGGGGCCACCGCCGCAGCGCUGCCAGAUAUCUCCCUGGCCACGGUUCUGGGCAUCGUGUCCGGAAUUUGUGCUAGCAUGAUCAUCUACAUCUUGCCGGCGAUCGUCGACUUGAGGCUUCGUCCAAGCAUCAGCGGCUCAAGGCUUUGUGGAACGGACCUGGCGAACCUGUUGGUUUCGCUGUUGAGCUUGAUCGUUGGCGGUUUGAUUCUCCUUGGGAGCCUUUGGGCAAAUGCCAUGGGCGUGGCAGUUGGAAGUUGA